AUGAGUCAGGACAAGACUUUGAAGGAAAAGAUCUUCGGCAAGAGCCGCGAGGACUACGAGGUUGCCGCUGACAAAGCCCAAGAGAUGGGGGUAAUUUUUUGCCAAAAAUUUUUUGAAUUUUCAUCAAACCUCUAAAUUUUUUGCCCUAAAGUAAUACUCUUUGAAAUUCUUCAGGAAAAGGCAUGCAAACAGGCUAACGAAGCGCAACGCUUGGCGCAGGUCCGAGUUAACGAGACCUCUCAACGUGCCCACGAGAUCCGCGACGACGCCAACCAGAAGAUCAACGAGCUGCAACGCCAAGGCAACCUGGCGUCCGAAACCGCGAAUGAAAUGCGCGGCGCGACCGGUAAGAGAUGCUUUAAAAAAAUUAAAAACCCUAUCAAUUUUUUAGGGAAUUUAAUUGUCCCUUUUCAUCAUACACGACAUAAUCAUUUCGUAUUUUAGGCGGGCAUGUGGAGCAUUCCGGCGAACAGGUCAGAUCCAAGUAA